AUAAUAUGUUUAAUACGCAUUGCAAUUGCAAACAUCAUAGUCGGAUGACUGGCCACGUAAAACAAAUCAACACUUUUUACUCCAACAAAAACUGGGAAGCGGAAAAAAUGUGAAAUAGAUAGACGUUGCGAACAUUUUAUGUGUUAACUGCAGUUUUUGUGCAAUAGACAUAUCUACUAGUAUGUAGAUCACCGCCAUCUGAAGACAUCAAGAAAACUGUCAUCUCAUUCUAUGAGAAGAUGUAGUGUUUCCAAUUCUUGACUUCUUACAACACUCAAACUGAAAUCAUGACUACCAUCAGAAGAAACAGCAGACUUGAGAACACAGAAUUAUGAAAAAUAUCGAACAAUCUAGAUCAUUUGAGGUCUCAAGAAACCAGAGGAAGAUAAUAGAAUAGUUAUUGAAGAAUAAUGAGAAUAUUGGAAAGGUCAGGAAGAUCUAGAAGAUUCGAUACCCCGGGAAUGUGAUAAGGUUGUGUUAGAAGCAAUAGAGCAAGAUGUCGACGAGUAACGAACUGAGUGACAUUGAGACGCCGAAGCUUCGCAUGAAGCCGGCCGUCAGCAGGAUAUUUUGCUGCAGCGUUACUGCCGCUUCGGGCUUCGUUGCAGCAUAUGCUUUAGUAGCAUACGCGAUAGCUCUAAUCUACGAGAUCGUAUGGGUGGUGGAAUCUCAGAGCGGGCUGCCGCUCGCGUCUGCUCUGCUCAUGGUGUGCUACUGUAUCGUCAUCGCAGCCACCGUUGUGCUGGUGCAUGGCCUUAUAUCUAAAAACAACAGAUGUCUGCUGGCGUGGUUGAUAGCAGUCAUACUGGUCCUCAUUCCAGAAUGUGCUCUAGUCUUUUACAUGUCUAUAAGCCAUUGGGGUCUACAAGGAGUAUACGGUGGUGCUGAGCUGGCGUGCUACGUGGCGCGUCUUCCUGCCAUCGUGUGUGGAGUUGUUCUCGUGCAGUCAGCUUAUGCACUUAGAGAAGCUAGGAAAGCGGGCUACAGCGCAAACGGCGCGGUGAGCGGCAGCGAGUUCGACGCGAGCCACUUCGUGCCCGACGCGCCUAAUGCCUUCACCAACGAUGGAUUCCUGCAGGACAACGGUAAAUCCGGCUCCAUGCCGGAUCUCCGUCGUCACCUAGCAAGCCGUCAGUCCAUGAACCUCGGCUACCCACCGCACAUGCUACCCCAGCCCCCACCAGCCUACUGGCAGCACCUUGCCGACAGACAAUACGCCGCCAGUCUCCGAGGCUACCCCAAGUCCUACCAGUCCCCACAAAUGUACGGCACCUGGGUAGGACCCAGAUCAGGCCCCUAUGACAACCCUUACAAACGCAGACAUUCUAUAGUCGGCGCCUUCCAAACUGACGAAUACCCACCAAAAGGCUACGACUACGAAGACAGAAUGGACUGCAAGAGCGAAAUGGCUUACCCUUACUAUAGAUCCUACCCUUACGAUCCCAGAGUUUACCCCCCAGAUUAUGACCCGAGAUUUUACCCGGAAUAUAAAAGGGAGGACGCGGCGUAUGGAGUGAACUUACUAAGACAUGAACCUUAUCAUUUUAGUGGAUCUAGAGAGAGGGUGUUCUAUGGUUUACGCAAUAGUCAUACGUCUGUAGGUAAUGAGUCCGAUGAUUUAACUAAAUAUAAGGAUGUCGCGCUUUAGAUAUUGUAUAUUUUGCUAUUGUUAGUUAUAUGAUGUUUGUAAGCUGUAUUUAAGCAAAACUGCAAUGAAGAAGUUAGUUAUUAUUAUCUAUUGUAAGAAAUACCUACAAUGCAAUACAAGGUUCUAUUCAACCUUAUUGCCUUUUUCAAGAUGGCAGUCAAAGAGGUGCGAAUUUAAUAAAAGAAUUAUACUUACGAGUUGAGUAAACUAAUAAAAAUAGAGACAUAUUUUUUACGUGUAAGAUCUAUAUUUUUUUAAUACUUAGAUUACAAAAGAAUCUGAAUAUAUGUAAGUAUACUUAAGUAGUGUUAUUAUAUAGUUAGUUUAGUUACCUAAUUAACCAAAGGUAUUUUACAGUUAAUUGUAAGUAGGUGCUAUAAAUAACAUUAUGUAAACCAACAUGAAAUCAGUCACUAUCUUUUAUAAAUUGAUUAAAUAUAUUGAAUUUGUAUG